AUGGUUCCCUCCGGCGCCGUGUUCCGCGGCGACCCGCCCGGCCCGGCGGCGGGCCCCCGGGACGGCGGCGGCGGCGGCGACGGCUACGAGAACCGGGCCCUCAUCCCGCUGUUCCUCGCCUCCGCCCUGCUGUUCUUCGUGACCUACCAGCUCUUCGGCCUCGCCGCGGCCGGCGGCGUCGUGGCGCUCUUCGUCGUCCUCGCGCUCGCCGCCCACCGCGUCAGGCUCUCCCGCGCCUUCCCCUUCCUGCACCUGUCCUGGGACGUGGCCCCCGGCGGCGGCGUGCUGUUCCGCCCUCGGGCGGCCGCCGGGAUGGACGCGGCGGCGAUCUCGGCGCUCCCGGCGGCGUUCGGGUACAAGCGGGACGAGCACGCCGCGACGGGGUGGGCGCAGUGCGCGAUAUGCCUGGGCCUGGUGCGCGCCGGCGAGGCCGUGCGGCGGCUGCCGGCGUGCGGGCACCUGUUCCACGCCGGGUGCGUCGACAAGUGGCUGCGCGCGCACGCGACGUGCCCGCUGUGCCGCGCCGCCGUCGCGCCGGAGCUGCCCAUCUAG